AUGCUUCAGGAUAGGGAAAAACGAAAACGUGAAUUAUUUGUGGCGGCGCUACUGCUAGCGCUGGCGCUGGUCCGCGCCGAGGACGCCAAGAAGGCCGAGUCGGCGGCGGCGGUGGCGGAGGCUGCGGCGCCCGCGGAGGAGAAGGAGGCGGUGGCGGCGGAGGGCGACAAGGCGCACAGCAAACGCGGCCUCUUCGACAGCUUCGGCGGCUCCCACGGCGGCUUCGAGGGCUUCAGCUUCGGCGGCGGCGGCGGCGGCGGCGGCGGCGGCGACCACAAGACACACACCCUCACCGUCACACACAAGGUGGCGGUGCCCUACCCGGUGCCCAAGCCCUACCCUGUGCACGUGACGGUGGAGAAGCCCUACCCGGUCCACGUGCCCAAGCCCUACCCGGUGCACAUCAAGGUGCCCGUCGACAAACCCUACCCGGUACCCGUGGAAAAGCCCUACCCGGUCCCGGUCGAGAAGCACGUUCCCUACCCAGUCAAGGUCCCCGUCGACAAGCCCUACCCGGUCCACGUACCGGUCACCAAGCACGUGCCGUACCCCGUGCACGUGAAGGUGCCCGUGCCGCAACCCUACCCCGUGCACGUUCCCAAGCCCUACCCCGUCAUAGUGGAGAAGAAAGUGCCGGUGCCCACGCCGUACAAAGUGGAAGUCAAGGUCCCUGUCCCGCAGCCCUAUCCCGUCCACGUCAAAGUCCCCGUUGAAGUGCCCGUCGACAAGCCCUACCCCGUUCACGUCAAGGUCCCGGUGGACAAACCUUACCCCGUCGACGUGCCGCAGCCGUACCCGGUGUACGUCGAAAAGAAGAUCCCGUACACCGUGGAGAAGCCCUACCCGGUGCACAUCAAGGUCCCUGUGGACCGGCCGGUGGCCGUACACGUGCCCAAGCCCUUCCCGGUGACCGUGGAGAAGCCCGUGCCCUACCCCGUCGAGAAGCGCGUGCCGUACGUGGUGGAGAAACCCGUCCCGGUGCACGUCAAAGUGCCCGUCGACCGGCCGGUGGCCGUGCACGUGCCCAAGCCCGUGCCCUACACCGUGGAGAAGCCGUACCCGGUGACGGUGGAGAAGCACGUGGCGGUGCCCGUCAAGGUGCCCGUGCCCAAGCCGUACCCGGUGACCGUGGAGAAGCCAGUCCCCGUGCCCGUCAAAGUGCCCGUAGCGGUGCCCGUCCAUAAGGAGAGCCACGACGAUGCAGGAGCCAGCCUGGGCGGCGGCGGCGGCAGCGGUGGUGACGGUGGCCACAGCUUCGGCGGUGGUGACGGUGGCCACAGCUUCGGCGGUGGUGACGGUGGCCAUAGCUUCAGCGGUGGCGACGGUGGCCACAGCUUCAGCGGUGGCGACGGUGGCCACAGCUUCGGCGGUGGCGACGGUGGCCACAGCUUCAGCGGUGGCGACGGUGGCCAUAGCUUCGGCGGUGGCGACGGUGGUCACAGCUUGGGCGGUGGAGGAGGGGACUUCGACAUUGGCGUUGGCGCCGGUUUCGAGCACCACUGA